GAGGGGGAGGAGGAGGAGGCAGUGGUGGAAACGGUGCCGGUGAAGGCAAGGGUGGCUGUUGUGUUAGUGGUAGCGGCGAAAGUGUUUACGGUGGUGGUAGUGGUAGUAGUGUUGGUGGUGCUGCUGCUGUCGCUGUCGCUGUCGCUGUCGCUGUCGCUGUCGCUGUCGCUGUCGGCUGUGGUAGCGACGACGGCCGCGGUUGCGAACGAGGUGGAGGACGAGGUUAAGGAGGAGGCGCAGAGGAGGAGGAGGAGGAAGUGUUGCACGAGAUCUCAUCUUUGUGCGGGCGACGGGGCCGCUCCCUGCCGGCCGCGCUGUUCAGCAGGUGAGAGAAGAAGAGCGUGGGGGUGGCGUUUGUGAAGGCAACGUGUAGCAAGAUGGGCUGCGCCAUGUCCGCGGAAGAGCGGGCCGCUCUGGCUCGCAGCAAGCAGAUUGAGAAGAAUCUCAAGGAGGAUGGUAUCCAGGCGGCCAAGGAUAUCAAGCUCCUGCUGCUUGGAGCGGGCGAGUCCGGCAAGAGUACGAUCGUGAAACAAAUGAAAAUUAUCCACGAGAGCGGUUUCACGCCGGAAGACUUCAAGCAGUACAGACCGGUUGUGUACAGCAACACGAUACAAUCUCUAGUCGCUAUUCUCAGAGCGAUGCCUAAUCUGGGAAUUAGUUUUUCAACCAACGAGCGAGAGACGGACGCGAAGAUGGUGUUCGACGUGAUACAAAGAAUGGAAGACACGGAGCCCUUUAGCGAAGAAUUACUGGCCGCCAUGAAGAGGCUGUGGUCCGACAACGGGGUGCAGGAGUGCUUCGGCAGGAGCAACGAGUAUCAAUUGAACGACUCCGCGAAAUACUUCUUGGACGAUUUGGACCGAUUAGGGGCCAGGGAAUAUCAGCCAACGGAGCAGGACAUUCUCAGGACCCGAGUGAAAACGACGGGAAUCGUGGAGGUGCACUUCUCCUUCAAAAACCUCAACUUCAAAUUAUUCGACGUGGGCGGUCAGAGAAGCGAGCGUAAAAAAUGGAUACACUGCUUCGAGGACGUGACCGCAAUCAUAUUCUGCGUGGCGAUGUCCGAGUACGAUCAGGUGUUGCACGAGGACGAGACGACGAACCGAAUGCAGGAGAGCUUGAAGCUGUUCGACUCGAUUUGCAACAACAAGUGGUUCACCGACACCUCCAUUAUCCUCUUCCUGAAUAAGAAGGAUCUCUUCGAGGAGAAAAUUCGCAAAUCUCCUCUCACCAUCUGUUUCCCCGAGUACGCCGGUGCGCAGGAGUACGGCGAAGCGGCUGCAUACAUCCAGGCGCAGUUCGAAGCGAAGAACAAGUCGACCACGAAGGAGAUCUACUGCCACAUGACCUGUGCCACCGACACGAACAACAUUCAAUUUGUGUUCGACGCAGUCACAGAUGUCAUCAUAGCCAAUAAUCUGCGCGGCUGCGGUCUCUACUAGGCUAAUUCUGUAUUCUACAUUAAGCGCAAGAGGAGGAAAGCGUUACCACGACAUGGCUGGCCACACGACAUUCUUCAGCGGGUUCGAGGCUCGUCGCGGUUCCAUUCCAGCUCGGGAAAGAGAGAGAGAGAGAGAGAGAGAGAGAGAGAGAGAGAGAGAGAGGGAGAGAGAGAGAGAGAGAGAAAGAAAAAGAGAAGGAUGGAGAUGAAGACCCAGGGAAAGAGAGUGAUGGAGUGAGACAAAAGGAGAAACAACCCCUUUCGUUAUCGGAAAAUGUAGCGGAACGUGUUUAGUUUGUCUUGUCUUAGACCACCGAAUCCCGAAAACCGACGUUGGUCGCGCGGCGUCCUCUCGUUCGACACGCGCCUCGUCGACAAAGAGGCAGCAAGGAGAAGCGAUUUGCGAAAUAAGGAAUAAGAAGACGACGGGCCGUCGUUGUCUCCGUUCCUUGGACGGAGCGAACGUCUUCGCGGGAAAUGAGAGCGAAGCGAUCGAAUCGCCGGUUGCGCACUGCGGACGACACCAUUUUCAUCGGCGGCGACGGCGGCGACGACGAUGACAACAAUGAAAACGUGAAGAUCCCGCGCGAGGAAACGAUUCGCGGGUUCCUCGAUUAGGAGAGAACGCGACGUGGAAGAAUAAAACGUCGCCACAUUCUCGUCAGCCCGUCCGCACAAGGACCUAUUCGAGACUCGAGCAUUUUGCGAUUAUUGACUUCGUUCUCGUCUCGCGACGAGAAACACUCGAACAUUCCACGGCACCCUAGGGAGCCAUUGCGUGCGCACUACGCGCGCAAAGUCGAGAGACCUUAUCUACAAUUUUCGUCAGCGUCGCACACAGAUUAGCGCACAGACUAAGCGCACUCAGAAUUUCGUACACGCACAUCCGCUCUCAUAUAUAUAUAUAUAUAUAUAUAUUAUAUAUAUAUAUAUAUUGUCUUCUACUUUCAUUGAAGCAUACGCACACACCCGGCUACUCAUCCACUUACACAUACGUACACGCACACCUCCGCAUACGAUCGGACGCGAGAUGAUGAUGGUACCUCUCGAGAGCGUCCAGAAUUUCCCAGACUUGCAUUUUGAUAAAUAUCGAGAGCAGCUAAGAAACGCUACGCGACGAAUUUUCCAAGCGAAUUGACAUACUUUUUACAGAGUAAUGUUAGAUUUCUUUAAUUUCUUACUCUUCAUUCUUUCCUUUACCUCGUGCCUACGGCGUCAUUAACGUUAAUAACCAUCGCGCACACAAGAUAUCCUCAAGGCACAGGAACGUUUUAGCUACAAGUAUCAAACUUUACGCACAUACACACACACACACACAUACACACAUAUAAUUAUUUCACCGUGAAGAGACAAAGUGUUGGAGAGAGAGGGGAACUCAUUUCCUUCGUAAAUAAUCGCAUUGGAGUGUAACGUAAGGUGAAUGGCCCAAUUAAUGACAUGAAUGGCUCCAAUUCAUGACUAUUGCAUCCGUUCUCCUUAAUCAUCAGUUAAUACGGAUUCAUAUUCAUCAUAAAUAUGUGUUCUUACUGCGAGCUUUAUAUCGGUUGGAAAGUUUUGAAUAAAAUUGAAAGCCAUAGCAUAAAUGCUGGAACACCAUACAAUUAUGAGCGUACUGCAGGCGAUAGUUUGGACAGUUACUUGCCAACAUCUUACAAGUUGAUAAUUAAUAUCGUAUGUCUAUAUUUGAUAGAUCUGUGCGGUUGCUCUUGAAAUUUUUCAAAACUAACCUGUUGAUGGAGAGACAAACUUAAAUUGUCGUGUCAUUAAAUAUAAUACUGCAUUCAUUUCUAAGUAAAUACGAAAAUUCAAUGGAGGUUUUUUCCUAAAGCUUUUCCUAAAAAGAAAAAUAUAACUCGCAAUGAAAACUGCAAAUGUCCAGGCUUCUCAAUAAAAUUAACUUUGUGUGUGUAUACUUGGCUUAGCAGAUAUAUUAUUCAUUUAUUGAUUUAUUUUUAUGAUGAGGUUGCUUGUGGUCACUAACUGGGGCAUUUAUCCUAUACAAUGACACCUUCAUCUCAUCAGGUACGCACACCGGUACGAAUCCGGAAAACAUACAGGACGUCGACCUGAAAUCCUCGCAACUUCCUCGAGCUAUCCGUUCGUGCUUUGCAAAAUAUCGGUGGAACAUUAGGAGAGUGGAACUUAGGUCUGCGUUAAUACUCGUUACUUGAAACUUUCUUCACGCGCGGAACAAGGUAAUCUGAACUUUGGAGUUGAAUCUGUGUGUUUUCCAAUCGCUGGGCAACUCACACUCGACUCUAAACAGAAAUCCGAACGUUUCACGUGAGAUAAGUUUCAAGUAACGCUUAUUUACGCGAAAUAGCGCCAGCAUAGAGAAAGAGAGGAACUUGACUUUCGGCGCUUGACUAGCAAAGAUUUCACGUGGAUGUUCCGUAUCCACAUCAGACGAAUAGAGGGGGCGCGUGUACAGGCUGUCGUUUCCGGAGCCGAUCGAAAGAGGAUUCGCCACCGACACACAUACACACAUGCACACACAGAUGACUCCUGGGUUACAUCCUGCAACACGCGCAAGCGUCACUCGCGAGGAAGACUCGCGGGAAGGAAUGUCGAGAGUGUAUUUUUCUAAGCGCUUCGUUUUUUUCCCUUUCGUUCUCUUUUCUUACACGAGGUGUAUCGACAAUAUCGGAAGCUGUUAAGUUCGCCAUGAUGUAGGAAGGGGGUAGGACCGUGCGGGGAGGGAAAGGAUGACGGAGACAGGGGGGAAUACCACUACGAGAAGAAUGCACACUAUGGGACCUCAUAUUAGGCGCGUGUUACCAGCACGUGUAACGCGUUCCGGAACGGGCGUAAAUCUCGUUGCGCACAAUCGUACACUGUACUCUGCUAUCUCGCAUAAGUUAUAUUUUAUUACGGGACUAAAUGUGGAAAAAAAAAGA